AUGAAAAUUAGAAAUAAAGAGAAUAGUCCUUGCCUGAUAUAUCAUAAAAGAUCAUAAAGUCAUUUUUAAAAGAAAGUUGAUAUAACGUAAUGGAUUCAGAGAAAAAGGAGAAGUUAUUUAAGAUUCUUUUUAAAAAAGUAAUUAUGGUAUCCUGCUAAUACAAUAGAAAUCUUAAUUUUAGAGUAUAUUUUAUUUUAAUCUAAAUUUUAGAGUAAAUCUUUGUAAGAUGGCUGUUGAUUUGGGGAUAACUACUAACAAUGAGAGACAAGGGUAUGAUUAAUAAAUUAUUAUUAUUUGA